AUGUUGGAGGAAGCAGAAAAAACACCAAAUGACCACAUUAUUGAUUCCAGAGAUGUGAAAGCCAUAGUGUGCAGAGAUAUCCAGCCGGUUCAAUAUCCUGGAAAUCAUGGAAACCCAUUUCCUAUGAAGAUCACACCUUUGACCAAAGCACCUAUGACUCAAUUAUUCUUGGAUUUAGAAAGUGUUGGUGAGGUUUCACAUGAAGACAAUAGAAUGAAGAAAAUAUCGGUCACAAGGACAGGAAAACUGGUCACGUUACUGUACCUUGGCAUAUCAGAACCAGAAACUACCUUUCGGACUAUGAACGAGAUGUUCUACUUGUUAACUUUGCCAUCUCUAGACUCUGUUUUUAGAAACCCAGACAUUGGUAGUCUGAAGCGUCUAUUUAGUUUCAUUGUCAACAAUGGACAUGGGGAGGAUCCCAACAGCGUGCUCACACAAAUGUGCCUGGUUUGCCUGCUGAACCUAUUACAGCUGAAUAAAAUAAAUCAGAGAAGUUUUGCCGAAUACCACAGUAAACGGAAUUUUGUAGAGCGUGUGCACGCCGCUGAAAAUGUUGCCUUAUCAAGACAUGGAGCAUUUUGCAGUUCGAAAGUCCACCAAAACGUUGAAAAACAUAGUCCUGAACACCUCGAGAAUAUGGAAUCGAUGGCCGAAAAUGUUAAACAAUGUUUAUCAUGUGCACGGUUUGGAAAUUCGUUUAUACAGUGUUUUAGAGGUGUUGCGAAAAACGUUGUUUUUAAUAACGAACUCAAAUUGAAGGAGUAUCUUAAUUUAAAUGAAGAGCGUAAAAUGGACUGCGAUUGGACGGACACACCACCCCAAAAAAUGAGUAUUUUAAUACUUUGGUUGAAACAUGGAAACUUGAUUAAAACUACAUUGGUCAGUAUGCUGAAGACUACAAAAUUAUUGCUAACCAGUCUGGUGUCAGAACAGCCAACAAAGACAAAUAAGGGACAAUGCUGCGUGAUGCGUCACAUUUUGAUGAUCACAAUGGAAAAACACUUCAGCCAAUACCUGAUUACAUCCGUUGGAUUCAUUCUGGUGAACUUCAUUUUCUUUCGUACGAAAAAACUGAGCAACUCGCAAGAGACAAGCCUGAAAUUACUGACUGUGAUAUAUUUUUGCCAACACGAAUCUUGUACAUAUUCUUUGACAUUGAAAAUGAUCCAUCAAAUGAAAUCUUGCAACAACUAGCUCUCCUUUCAUGGCUACCAAUUGAAGAAGUACCUGAAUACUUCAACAAGACAGAGAGAAAGCUGACAAAAGCUGCCAUGAUAAUAUUGGACGGGAGCAGUCAUCCUCUUUAUAAACUUAACAUGGCCGAAUUAGAACAAAUGUGCAAGACAAACAAUGUUUCAUUCAAAGGUCUGAAGUACGUAAUUGUUAAGGUGUUGGCACUUGCUCAAGAUGAAGACGUUCCAGACGAUUUUCCAGCCAACUAUAAAGGUGAUUUCGGUUCUUUGCCAAAAAGUAUUUCGAUGUUGAAAAAGUUACCUGCUGCAACUCUUCAGUAUAUUUUAACAAUUUGGUCCUUUGUGCGUUUUUAUUGCGAAACAGAAGAUCUCAUUUGGCAUCUUAUAUGCAAGUACGCGAAAUAAAGGACUUGAUUAAAUUGGUUCAAUCAUUGAUAUUGUGUCAAGUCAACUGUGAAAUUAUUGAUCAACUGGACGUUUACCGAACAAGAAAAUUUCCUGGAAAGAAUUUAGCAAAGAAAUCCCAAAUACCAAUUUCAUAUGGUGUCUCCAAGGAAAACUUAGAGAACUUAUUUGAAACUUUAUUGAUAUACCUGAACCAUAAAACACAUCACAGUUCCAACAUGAAUAAGGUUGAAAACACAAUGGAGAACAAAACUGGUAGUAAGGAAGUUAAUUAUGAAGAUUAUUUCGAAGUUGGCUCCAAUGUAAAAAUACGAUGGAUAUCAGAGGAGAUUCUGGAUGGAAACCAGGCUGGUAUUCGGCAGACGUACAGUCGUCAACAAUUGAAAAUGAUGAAAUUUCUGUUGUGUAUGUCAGUGAACCAGACUGUGUUUAUUCUGUAG